CAUCACCGGUGUUUUAACACCGACAGACAGCAAUCGCAAUUGAGGUCGCUCCCUGACCUGCUGAAUGCUGAAUUAAAACAAACGCCAAAACCUCCAAAACUUUAGGGGGUUGUAUUCUGGUAUUUAGAGGUGGAUACCAUCUACUUGAACUUUUCCCCUACUUUUAAUAUUUCCGAUCCAAACGCCAGCAUUUCCAUUUAUCCCUCCUCUGGAGUCUGGUUUCGCGUAAUUUGUCAGCCUUUGGGAUCUCCUUCAUUUCUAGCCAAGUCGUCAAUACAUUUGAUAUAUUUCGACGUCGGCACACGGCCGCGCUGAGUGUUCGCCAUGGCCUCAUUCAAUACCGGCAAGGCUGGAGUUAUUAAAGCUCCAGAAGGUGCCGGGAGAAUGGACCAGCUUGCGCAUGCUAUUCUUGACGAUCUACUCUACAACAUCGUGCACGAUUUAUUACUGCAGACGCAUCGAGAGGAGAAGAUCGCCCGCGCCUCAACCGCUGCUAUUCGCGUCGAGAAGCUAGCCGCCGAUACCUCAGAUUCCUCCGCCCCAGACGCUCGGCCAGACGUCAAGGUCGAAACAGACGCGGCUGUUUACGACGAAGGGAAGGUAUUAUUGAAAGGGAACCCGCUGGCUACCACUAAGGACAUUGUCUGCCCAAGAUGCCACCUCCCAAGAUUAUUAUAUCCUACAGAUGGCAAAGGAGCAAGGAAACCUGACCCGAGUAUAAUAUACUGCAAGAAACACCCGUACAUCGACAAGCCCGGCUACGACAUCUACGGUCAAACAUGGGUUGCACAAGGCCCAGGGAGGGGGAAGAAAAAGAAGGACAUGGAGAAGAAGCUAGAGCAAAACUCAGACUCACAGACGCCAGUUCCAGAAGGAGGAACAGGCGGAGGUGCUGCCUCGCGGCCCCCAAAUAUGCUCUCAUUCCCGUCGGCAACCUGCAGCAAAUGCAAGCGCUGCAUCCUGGUCACCCGCUUAAAUAACCAUAUGGGUUCAUGUAUUGGAAAUAGCGGGCGUAAUGCUAGCCGUGCGGCCGCGCAGAAGAUCAGCAAUGGCAACAACACGAACGGAAAUGCCGAUGGCACUCCGCCAUCUAGUCAAAAGGGUACUCCUCACCCAAGCUCCAGGGCCGGCAGUCCCCAUAAGAAGAGAGACAGUGACGAGAUAGAAGAUGACGACGACACAGACAAUGACUCGCACAAGAAGAAGAAAUUGAAGCCUACGCCCGCAAAUGCGGCCAACAAGAAACUGAUCCUCAAGCAGAAGAACGCUUCUAGCAACAAGAAAGAAAAAGUUAAAACAAGCUCCUCACUGAGUGUAGAACAGAAGGUGGACGAUGAUGAUGCGGAAGGAUCCACCGUAGAGGUUGCCCCGAAGAAGAAGAUGACGAAGGUGCCUAGUCCGGCGAAGAAGCUGAAGUUAGGAGUGUCGAAACCAAUAAUAUCAUCGCCUAUGUCAAAGAGCAAUGGUAAGACUUCGGCUCCCAGCGGUGGAGGAGAUGAUGACCGCGAGUCUGAAAGCUCAGGAACAUUAUCAUCUCCACCUGUUGUAUAGUCGAGGAAUGAUUUCUCGAUGGGAUAUUAGACAAACCACGAUACCCUCCAUCAUGAAACACCAUAGACAUCAAUUAUACAACGAGAAUUCCGGGAAUUUGCCUCCGCCCGGCACCUUCGCAACUUUCUUAUACACUGGCCGCAGCACUGCAUUCAAGGGGUUCCGGGGCUAUAUCGUCAGCGAGCAUAGGGGCUGGGGUUAGGCAAUGUGCUGCAUCUGAUCCAGAUAGGGACAUCUGGCGUGCAUUAUCAUCAUCUUCAUCAUCAAACUGUAUCUUUAGAAGGCUUCUUUUGCACAUAUGUAAUACGAGCCGUCUGGCGGCUAGUGCGAGGGCUUACAGUUGACUCGUACAUAUAUACCACGAAUGUUAUGUG